AUGACGACACCAACUCAUGUCCAAAAUGGCUUUGAUGACAGUGAAGCCAGUGAAGCUCAUCUGCUACCUCCCCACAAACGCGAAUCCGUGAUACAAGUCCCCGUCACGCCGGGCGUGGCCUUGGGAACUUACGACAAGGGUUACUUUGGCCCAAACGCCCAAGAACCGGCGGAAGACGCGUCAAACGGCACAUGGAACGGGGGAAUUCCAUUUACGAGUAGAGUCAUUUCGGCCACGUUUGCGAUGCCACAUACUUUGGAAUACAACCAAGGUUGUGACUGGGAAUUACGUCGUUGCUCCCAGCGUUCGGCACUGUUGGAUGCCUUGCAUUACCUCUCAGACGACAGUCCCUGGGAUCACACCGUGGUAGCAUGGACGGGUGAGAUUCACCCCAGUUCUGCAGCCGCUCAUCGGCUGGAGCCGGAUACUCGCCCGGCGGUAAUCCCAACUUCAACGUCCAUAUCACUCGUCGGGAGCCCGCACGUCCCUACCGAGCUCAAGUCGAGCGAAGUCCAUAUAACUGCUGAAGAUCAGAUGCGCCUGGAACGCCAGUUGCGUGAGGAUAAACUAAAGAUUGUCCCAAUCUGGCUUCACGAUGACGGCAAUGCGUCAGAAAGGGGGGUCACCCUGCGAGACCAGUCCAGAUGGCGGCGGUAUGCCGAGCACGAUCUGUGCUCCUUGCUCCAUUACAAGCAGCACCCUCCUACGGAUGGCUACAAAGAAGCAUUCAGGUGGACUGACUAUUGCCGGAUGAACCAAGCGUUCGCAGACAAGAUAAGCGAAGUGUACCGUCCCGGAGACGUCGUGCUGGUUCAUGAUUACUACCUGAUGCUGUUACCCGAGCUCCUUCGCCAGCGACACCACGACAUACGCGUGGCUUUCUUCCUACACACGCCGUUCCCGUCCAGCGAGCUAGUUCGGUGCUUGGCAAGGCGCAAGCAAAUUCUGCAAGGUGUUCUGGGGUCGGAUCUCAUCGCUUUUCAGUCGUUUGAUUACGCCCAACACUUUGCAAAUUCAUGCUCGAGGAUAUUGGGCUUGCAGGCCAGCAGCAAGGCAGUCUACAUGCCUACAAGGCGUGUUCAGCUGGACAUCACUCCAGCGGGAAUAAACGUGCCCAACAUACUUUUGCUGGCUUGGUCAGCCUCCGUUACUGAAAAAUACUCGAUGCUGAGAAGAAUGUACGCAGGAAAGAAAAUUAUUGUGGCCUAUGACCCCAUCGACAGGCUGGGGGGCGUCGACAAGAAGCUCAUCGCUUUCGACCGUUUCCUUCAAAUGUACCCAGAGUGGCAAGAUGGAGUCGUGCUGUUGCAGGUCAUCGGUCAAACGACCAUAGAAGACGACGACGGCGAGGAAAGUCGGUACGCCAGCAGCGUCAAUGCGCUUGUCAACGAGAUCAACUGCAAACACGGCUCAUUGGAUCACAUGCCGAUCCGGCUGCAUGCCCAGAGCCUCUCCACAGACGACUAUUUCGCGCUCUUGCGAUCAGGCGACGUUGCCCUCUUCACCAGCAUACGGGAUGGCAUGAGCACGACGAGUUUGGAAUACGUGGUCUGUCAGCAAAACGCACAUGGAUGCACCAUUAUAUCCGAGUUCAGCGGCACGGCCAGCAACCUGGAGGAAGCAAUACACAUCAACCCCUGGAACACGGUUGGGGUUGCUGAACAGAUCCACAAAGCGCUGGGCAUGACUGCAGAGGUGCGCCGGGACAUGCACGCUGCGCUUUAUCGGAGAAUCAUGCAGAGCGACGUCUCUCAUUGGGUCGAUUCUAUUCUUCAGCGUUUGACGAGCGCUGUGCAUAGCCGAGAUGCGGCAAGCGGCAUUACGCGAAGCCCGAGACUUGCGCUUUGA